AUGGUGGCGAACAGCUCUACGUCUGCUCAGUGCAGGCAUAGGUCACACAGUAAUCACAGAUGCUGCUACGAUUUCCGGUACCGGGGCGAGAGCACACACAAUCUUUCCGGCUCUUCUGGUUCUUCGUCCACAAGUACCCCCUCCUCCCGCCGGAAGCGAAAAUCAUCCACAGAUUCCAAGAAUAACUCUUCUGGAUAUGGCUGUUCCGAACCUAAGAUUUGUAAAACUGAAAAGACUAACAAAAGGUACUUCUGGGGAAGAAUUGUGCGUUGUCACGCGUGUUUUGACGGAAUUUAUUUCAAUGUGAUAACUUGGCUUUCUUCUGUUCUGUUCUUAAAGUUGUGGUUUUUGUCCCUGUUGGUUCAGGCGCAGGCUAAGUUCUCAUGACGUAUCGCCCCGUAAGUCAAGACACCUCGAAACGCCGGUUAAGAGAGACAGAGAGACCGAUCUGCCGUCCCCUAACGCCGCGACUCUCCACGAGUGUAGCCCGCGCAGUCCGGUUGUUCGGUUCCGUAACGGUGACCUGGGGUCUCAGGCGCAACGUGGCUCCGAUGACGAGCGUCGUCGCCGCAGUCGAAGCUUAGGGUCAAAACACCGCUCCUCACGCUCCAAGGCACGCGGGCUUAAAGACGGUCACGGUUCCUCCGCAUCCAGGUCUCAGCGUGUCAGCAGUCGGCACGGCAAGAGACGGCAAAGGCGGAGCCGAGAGAGGGCCCGACGGAAGGAGAGCCACGAGCAUCACAAGGGGAACAAGCAGAUCGCCGUCGUCCCAAUUGGUGACGUCAUCAAGCAUCGGUUCGAGGUCCGUAAAGUCUUAGGCGAGGGCAGCUUCGGACAAGUUCUUGAAUGCCUUGAUCGCCACACUCGUUCACUGGUGGCUGUGAAGGCGUUGAAGAGGUUGGACGAUUAUCGGGAGGCCGCAAAGCACGAGGUCGAUGUGCUUGAUACAAUCUCAAAGGCUGACCGAAGCUGCCGUUCGAACUGCAUAGUAACUAUUGACUUUUUUGAAUGGCACAAACAUUUUUAUAUUGUUUUCCCCUUACUUAGUUCGAGCGUGUUUAGUUUUCUUGAGCAAAAUGACUACGAGCCAUACCCUACUGAGCACGCCGCUUCCAUCACGUACCAACUUUGUGAAGCAGUUACAUUCAUGCACAGCCUAGGUAUGUGUCACACUGACUUGAAACCCGAGAACAUUUUGUUUGUUGAUGCCGAUUAUGAAGAAGUUUACAACGAUCGGAAAGGCAGGUACGUUCGUGUCGUCAAGGACCCUAGGAUCAAGGUGAUAGACCUUGGCUCCGCUGUCGUUGAGGGGGAGAGGCAUCCUACAACAAUCCAGACGCGACACUACAGAGCCCCCGAGGUUGUUUUAGAGCAGGGUUGGUCUUAUCCUGCUGACGUGUGGUCAGUCGGCUGCAUACUCUACGAGCUUGUGACUGGACAAUGUCUCUUCAUGACUCACGACAACCUUGAACAUCUUGCGAUGAUGGAGAGGGUUCUCGGUCCCCUUCCAAAGCACAUGAUUCGGAAUUCCAGGAGACGCAGGUACUUUCGGCAUGACCGAUUGGAUUGGGAUCUCGACAGCUCUGACGGCCGUUACGUAAGGAGGCACCUCAAGCCCCUCGGUGAGACAUGGUUAUGCUCUCCAGACCUAAACACUAGGCUGUCGUUUGAUCUUGUGAGGGAGAUGUUGACUUAUGAGCCCGAGUGCCGGAUAACGUGCAAGCGUGCUAUGACCCACCCCUUCCUGUUGUCCUUAGUGAGCAAUUAA